ACCUCUUCCCGGCGGAUGCCGCUACGGCGCGACGGCCGGUGUAGAGGAGAGCGCGGCCGGAAGCGCGUAGCCGGCGCGUGCUCGUUAUCUACCCGUUUGCCGAUUGCGCGUCGGCAUCGAGGCCGGAGUCCGACAUUCAAAUAACCCCCUCUGUGUCCAUUUCCGGGCAAACUUGUCCAUAAGAUGCGAGGGUAUUAGCUCGAAACUGGAGAGAGUACUAGCUCAGAUCUGAGCAGGCUGUCAUGGCGUUGUGGGCGGGGCUGGGGCAGGCGGCGACGGUUGCGCAGCUGGUUGGGGUGGACGCCGGCGGGCUCAUCUCCCUCAUCACGCAGGCGGCGUUGACGGCUCGCCAGAACAAGAAGGCCUGCGAGCAGCUCUCACGCCGCGUCCACAUGAUCGCCGACCUGCUGCCGCACCUCCAGGAACCGGAGUUGAUGCGCCGGCCCGAGUUCCAGCGGCCUCUGGCCGGGCUGGGCGACACGCUCCGGGAGGCGCACGACCUCGUCAUGGUCUGCCAGCGGAAGAGCCGCUUCUACCGCUUCUUCAUGUCCGGGAGGCUGGCUGACAAGUUCAGGGACAUCCAAAGUAGGCUCGACUCCUACCUCCUCCUCGUCCCAUUCAUCAGCUACAUAGCCUUAACCCACAACCUGAACCGAAUCUGUGAUUCGCUGCCUCAAAACCACGCUAUCCUUCCGUCGCCAGCGUCCACCUCCCAGUCCCACCCAAUCCAUGUCUUGGAGGGUGUUGCCAGGUUCACGCUGGCAGAGAUCGCGGCGGCGUCCAACAGCUACGCCUUCUUCACCAAGGUCGGCAAGGGCACCUCCGGGACGGUGUACAGAGGCAGGCUCCGCGACGGCAGGGACGUGGCCAUCAAGCGCAUCAGCAAGACAGCGCAGGACAGGGAGAUGGUGCUGCGCACGGAGCUCGCCGUCGUCCCGCACCCGCGCCACAGCCACUUCGUGCGCCUCCUCGGCUGGUGCGCGGAGGAGGACGAGCGCCUGCUCGUCACCGAGUACAUGAGCAACGGCUCGCUCCACGACCACCUGCACGGCCGCAAGCCGCCUUCCUCGCCGGUGACGGCGUCCUGGAAGACGCGCGUCGAGGUGCUCCUGGGCGCGUCGCGCGCCAUCAAGCACCUCCACCGCAGCUUCGUGCCGUCGGUCAUCCACUGCAACAUCAAGUCGUCCAACAUCCUGCUGAACGCUAGCUGGACGCCGCGCUUGUCGGACCUAGGCUUCUCGGUCCGGCACGAGACGGGCGAGGGGGAGCACCACUACCAGUACCAGCUGCAGGUCGUGGGCAAGGGCGGCUACAUCGAUCCGGAGUACUGCCGCACGGGGCGCCUGACGCCGGCGACCGACGUGUACAGUUUCGGCGUCGUGAUGCUGGAGGUUUUGACGGGCAGGCCGCCGGUCAUAACUACUCGGGGCGAGGAGGAGCAGGGCGAGGUCCAGACGGACCUGGUGCACUUCGCGCUCCCACUUAUCGAGGCCGGCGAGCUGGACAAGGUGCUGGACGGGCGCCCGGAGCCGCGGCCGACGCCGAUGCAGAUCGAGGCGCUGCAGUGGGUGGCCAACACGGCGGUGGUGUGUCUGCACCGGCAGUCGAUACUCCGGCCACGGAUAUCAGAGGUCGUGGCUAAUCUCGAGACAGCGCUCAGGCUCGCCACCGGUUAGCAGUGGCGCCCAGUACUGUGCCACUGCCAAUGGAUGAUGACUGGGCAAUGCGCCCACUAUAGCACAGUUCUUAGUUUUGCUGUGACCUGUGAGGCUGUGACAAUGCACAGGAGCGGAUUGAGUGGGCGUAGUUAGGAUUGGAUGGAGACGAGCGCACCAAUAUAUGAAGGUUAAUCCUCGGCUCAAUCAUGUUCGAUAUUUGUCUUUAAUUUGGUUGAUGACGAGAACCUGCCUGCCUUGUGUUAUCACUUACAGUAGAAGUUAGAACGGGACAAACGAUCCAGAAUAAUCCAUCGCUUUACAAAGGGCUAAAAAGGGUUAGA